CCACCAGACCUAUGGAGCUUUUCGAGCAAUUUCUGUUUUUUUUUGUUGUUGAUCAUUUCUCAAACCUGUUCAUGGACUUAUUAAAUUGCCAGUUGUGAAACUCGCGGGCAGCAGAAUUCUGGAUAGCAACUAAAAAUCUUCCCUCCGUGUCCAUUGGAGAUGCGGGAACUUUAACACCGGCGAGGAGAAAGCAACCUUUACAAACGCCCGUGUACACACAGUCUCGAAGCAGCUCCUCCGUCUCUGCUACUGGGUGCAGCCUCAACCACGGAACAUGUCAGAGCACCGCUUGAUGGUGGAGGAACUCAACGAGCUCUUAGCAAAUGACAGCGGCUUUUACAGCCUCCCAUCCCAGCACUGCAAUGAAGUUUACUCCAGGAUCUAUGUGGGCAACGCAUUUGUUGCACAAAAUCCAAUGAGAUUAGAGCGUUUGGGGAUAACGCAUGUACUGAACAGUGCAGAAGGCAACUCAUUCAUGCACGUUAACACCAAUGCCGAGUUCUACGCAGGGUCUGGAAUCGUCUACCAUGGAAUUAAGGCCAAUGACACAGAAGCAUUUAAUCUCAGUGCCUACUUUGAAGAAGCUGCAGAUUUUAUUGAUAAAUCACUAGCACAAAAGGAUGGACGAGUUCUUGUGCAUUGCCGGGAAGGAUAUAGCCGAUCACCUACUCUCGUUAUCGCUUACCUCAUGCUCCGACACAAGAUGGAUGUGAAGACAGCCCUUUUAACCGUGCGCCAGAAAAGAGAGAUUGGGCCGAAUGAUGGAUUUCUGCGACAACUCUGUCAAUUAAAUGAGAAACUGGUUAAGGAGGGUAAAAUUAAACCUUAAAGAACCACUUUGGAAGUAGCCAGCACCUGGUUUGAAUUUACAGAUACCUGAGGUUUUAUUGUACCAAAUGUUAUGUGUUGAUUUUAGGGCGAGGACAAAGUUCCAAUAUUUCAAUUCUUUCUUCUGGGGGAUUGGCUUUCUUUAAAUGAAUUUUUUCGUGUGUGUGUAUGUGUAUAAAGCCAUGGUUUCAGCAGCUCAAAGUUUGUUUUUAAAACUAAUCUCAUUAUUACCAAUUUCAUUAUGCAUCCAUCAGCUUUGAAAGAUUCAUUGUGCGGUGGAAUGUAACUAUUCUGGAUAGUGACCUAUGCUGUGGUACUGCCCCUAUGUCUGAACCUGGAGGCCUGGGUUCAAGUCCCACCUACCUCAGAGGUAUGUAAUAUCGUCUCUGAAUUGGUUGAUUUGGAAGGAUAUUCUUAGGCCCUCUUGUGGCACAGUGUUAGUGUCCCUUCCCGGGGACCGGGAGGCACAGAUUCAAGUCCCAGCUGCUCCAGAGGUGAGUACUGACAUUUCUGAACAGGUUGAUGAGAAAAACAGGAUAAGUAAAAACUAAAAAUGAGAAGGUAUCAAUCCAAGUAAAAAAGCAGACCAGUAGAAAUAAUGCAUGGAAGUGUCAGAGUGCUCAGUGUCUGCACUUACCUCCACUGAUGGUAAUGGCUGUGGGUACUAACUGAAUGCAGUUAACCUGCACAUUAAGUCUGGAGCAUGAGCUACUUGGUGCUCUUGUUGUGAACCCAUUUUGGAAAAAAAUAUCAACACCUUACACUGAGUUGCUAUCAGAUUAGUAGGCUUCUUUGCCUGAUUCAAAGCUGGACUUAUCUUCAAGUUUGAAUGGAUGAAAAUCAGACCCAUAAUUUCUUUCUGUAACAGGCAGCCGAUAGCUGGUUGUGAUUGCCUGUGAGCUCCUCUAAGGAAAUAAAGACAGCGCAUGAUCAACAUUUUUCCCAAAUGUGUCAGAUGUUUUCUCACAACUUGUGUGAAUCCUAAAAUGUACGUUAUUAGUUAUCCUACAACAAGGAAAAAUUCUUCCUUGCAAUCCUGAAGGCGCACACUGAUUAUUCAAACAAUGUCUUCUUUUGGACUUUAGAACUUGGUGAUGGGUUUGAAUUCCUUUGGCAGAAAGUGAUUGGCCGCCAUAAUGUUGUGUGACCUUGUUAACCUUGUUAUGACUCAACUGUUGUGACACUUCCCUCUUGUGCUCAGUUUGCUUUGCAGCCCCCACUUUGACAGUUUGUCAAAAGUCUUAAGUCGGCAAAUCUACUGGUGAGAGUCUGACCCCUUUUUAAUUAUAGCAAAGCACAUGACUUUAAAAGAACAGGGCUCAGUUUGCAUCUUUGUCAGCUUUAGAAAGCUUUGUUUUAGGUCGAGGGAAUGGGGGAGGUAGGGGAAGGAGAAAAGUGGAUUAAAGAGUUCCCUGAAGAAACUUGAAAAAUAGCUUUGGUCCUUGCCGGAUUUAACUAACUUUGAGUUUGCAAGAUGUUGUAAUUGUUCUUAUUUCUGGAAAGUGUGUGUCAUUAGCAGUAGCAGUAAGACAUUUAUCAAAUUGGCAAUUGUUCAAAUAUUUUAUUGUGUUUUUAGCUACCAGUGGACGAAACAGAAAUUAUCUUUAAGGUGAUAACCUAAAGGUGCAAUGGACGUUUCUUUGUCCAAAUCUAAUGCCGAAAUGUUUAGUGAUUUUUGAUCACUAGUUAUGUCAAGUCAAGAGCUUUCCUUUUUUGUUUACAUGUUAAAGUUUGACUGACGAUUGAACUAUGACACACUGAAUCUCAAGUAACAAGAAGGAUUCCGUAUCUAGAACAAUUUAACUUUUCUGCUAUUAGCUGGAAGCCAUCCUUGGUGCUCAGAGGCUGGGUACAGGAUUAAUGAACAAGUUUCUCCGUUACCAGUUGCUGUCUUGUGGCUCAUGUUGGAAAGGUGUCCAAGUUUCUGUGAGUACAGAAUCAAAUUCUGUUAUGCUACAAUCUUUGGCCAAUUAAGCUGCUUUUUCUCACCACCCAAAUGCUCACACUUGAAGAAUAAUUACUUAAACAGUGCACCAGAAUCCAUGGGAUAGUAUCCCAGAGUAGCUACCUUUAAGAAGGAAGGGGAGAAUAUUUUGGAUGGGGAGAGGGGCAGAUGAAGUUGAGUCAUUUUAUUCUACCUCUGGUUUUGAUCUAUGUGGCUUUCAGGCUACAAUUGAAAUACAUCAUACUUACUUAACUGGCUCUUUUAACACUUCGUUAUAGGUGGAAACCAAUACUUAGACUUGUAGCUAUGAAAAGCAAAGUAUAGUGAAAACAUGACUAACAUUGGUUGGGCUUCUGUUUGUGACUGAUAGCAUAUGUCCCUUGUAGCCAUCAGUCAGCAAAGUAAGAUGAAUGCUGUUCCAUUUCUAAGUAGAGGAUAAACUGACUUUACACAUGCAGGAACUGCAAAACUGUAGAUUUACAGUUGAAGUUAAUCAUAUGUGAUGAAUUGAUAAUUUUAUAUUUGGUUCAUGAAAGGUUUGAAAAGAUAUAAUGGGCAUAAUGUGGGCAUGUAAAGUGUGUAUAAUUUGGAAAGUAGACUUACAGUAAUAGACAGUAAAUACCUUAAACAACAAAGUGUAUCUAGUGUAUAUGAGCUCCAAAUGCUUUUUGUUAAUGUAAAUAUUUAUCUUACAAUGUAAUCUUUGUUCUCCACCAUAGUGAUAGGAAAAUCCUUGCCCUUUCUAGGUGAAUGAAAGAGGAAGUUGAGAAUCUUUUCAGGUCCCUCAAACUCCCUGCUUCCAUAAAUGGUACAACAAUAUCGAGCACCUAAAAGCAAAUACAAUUUUAAAAUCUGAAAGGAGAAAUUAUAUUUCAUUGAAAAGGUAGAAGAGAAUUAAACAAUGAGAAUGUUAACCAGCAGUUUAGUCGGAUGAUGUCUUGCCAUGAAAACUGACAGCGCGUGGAUAAUGAAGUUUUCACUGAACCCAGUUUCAUAUUCUAGGAGUUGUGCUGGGGGCAGGAGGUUGAAAUUCGUCUGUGUUAGCCAUGCAAAAUGAGCUCAUAGUGAAUUGGCAGCAGAAUUUUCAGUGUGACACUUUGUCUUUUCUGUUGACUUGGAAAACAUUGCCAAGAUUUUGAAUUACAAACUAAGUAACAGUGAGACUGGAAAACAAGUCUCUCAAGAGAAUUUUGAAAUCUUGUUUUCAAAAAUUAGGGCGAGCGGUGAAAAAUCAGCUGCCUAGUCAUUGUUCGUCUAGUUUCUGUUGACAGGAUAAUCAGACUCAUUGGGUGUCUUUUUUUAAAUAUUUGGGUUUAAAGGAUUAUUUUGUUUUUCAGCUGUUAUUUUUGCAGUAAGAUAUGAGAUGUGUGCAUUUUGUUUCAGAAGAGAAUGUAUUUAAAUUUGGAUUUUCAUUUUAUUGAUAGAAAUAUGAUAUAUAUUUAUCUGUAUAUUUUCAAUAUUGCUGUGAUUUUGCCUUUUUUUUGAGAAGUGGGAUAAAAUACACUUAGAGCAGUGUUCAGGUGAUUGCAUUACCCGGACUGAGCUACCAAAUUCUAGUGCUCCCUGUCACUCUAAACAACUGGCCCAAGGCAAUUUAUUGAAUACUGAAGCUUUUUAAUGUGAUUCCAAUCUUCAAAUAUAGUGACCACUGAUUUAGAAAUUAAUUAGGAAACUCUGAGAGACGGUGUUUGGAAUAACCACACUGUUACAAUUGGGAGAAUCACAAGCUGGGAUCAGCAGGUUACCCAAGUAGUUUCAAGAAGAGCAUAGUUUUUUGUGGAUUCUUUUUAACCAACUUUUUCAAACACGUUAUGUAUGACGCAACUAUGGAGCAGCUAGGACUUCAACCCAAUGCACUGUAAGGCCUCCUAAUUUGUUUAAUCAUUUGUGCCUUGAUUGGCCAGGAGAAGCUAAAGGUCCUCUAGGCUUUUCUCUUUUGUUUCUCUCCUCUUCCUAUUUGUAGUUACUUUAAUUAAGCUGUUUGGACAUGUUUCUGACACAUCUCUGAGGAAAGUGGAACCUGAACAUGGAUCUUAGGGACACUACCACUGCAUCACAAGACCCUUUAUGUUGCCUUGUCAUUCUUGUCUUGUUAUUGUUUGCUGCAACUUAUACUUUCCUUGGUUUCAGGAAACGAUAUAUAAAUUGCCACAAAGAGUUUUGUUGUUUUACCCUUGUUCUGAUUUAGGUCGUUAAGGUCUAAUGUAACUGACAUUUCUAGCUUGUAAUUCAAUAUAGUGUACUGUAGUAUAAGGGAUGUAUUUCACCAGCAUUAUGAUCGUACGCCAAUGGGAGUUCAGUGCUGGAUCGGUAUAAAAUUUAAUUAAUAUAAUUGAUAAGUUAUAAAAUGGGCUUGCCAAAUACAAGAGAAAGAAAUGUUUUAGUGGUCGUCUAUAGAUAGCGCUUCUGUGUACUCUGAAGGAAUUUAAAAUUUAGACUAACUGAUUUUAUUUCAAGCCUAUGUAAAUAUGCAUAAACAUUUUCUAUUAUAACCCUCUGCACUUAAAUCAAUUGCAUAUUUAAAAUGUUCCUUAUUUUACAAGUUAACACAGGCUGUACAGAGAUGCUUUCUGUUAUAGAAAUGCAGGUGUUGAACUCAGGAAAAUUUUCCUAUCUUUAGCUUUAUGCAUUGUCAUCUCAAACAUAUUAUUCUCACUAUUGUGAAGUAGACAUUAGAGCCUGUGCCUCAAUUGCAUACUAAAUCAAUCACGUCACCAUUUAAGGGAGCUGCUGUGUGCAAGUUAGCUGCCACUGUCUUAUAUAAGAUGGUGAUUACACUACAAAGGUAAUUUCUUUGUCUGUCAAGCACUUUGGGAGGUUUGGUGGUUAUGAAGGGCACUAUGUAAAUGUAAGUCUUCCCUUUUUCUAAACGGCCAGAUUGUCUAUGCCAAUUUUUCAAAAGUUCACUCAGCUGCUGUGACAGUAGCAUUUAAAACUAAGCAUCAAGUGGUACGAGGUUAGGCUUCACAAUCUAGACCAUUUCAUUGGUACUGCUUAAUUAUUUGAGGAAUAUCAAACUAUUUGUACUUAAAUUUGACUAGAUAUGACCAGAGUCUUGAAUUAAUAAUUGCAUACAUGUGUGUUCAGAUGAUGAACAGUAAGGGGAGUCUGUGACUGGCAGAAGUGCACACUUUGAGGUUUUGGAUACAAUUGUUGAAUUUAAAGAUUGUCUAGUCAUUUUAAAUAUAUGCUAAGCUUGGAUUGUACUUAUAGAUUUGUUGGCUUCUUCUUUUACAUGCAUACCCAGUUCAUAUAGUAUGGUAUGAUAAAUAAUGACUGUAAAUGAUAUUAAAACAAUAGUUCUUUUCUUGAUUGGUAUCUGCAGCGCCAUUCAGUGAUUGAGCUAUUAAGACCAAGGGGGUGCCAGGUUCUUUGCUGAGUAAAUGUUUCCCAGCAAAAGUGACAGUGAGCUUCUGCAGAUGACCUCAGUAGCCCUGGUCAGGGAGGGGCCAAUAAAAUCAGCUGAGGUUUCUCCUCAUGAUCUCCAUCAAGUGAUAGUUACAUAAAAGCACAUAUGUGACCACCGUGAAGAUACAUUGGCUUGAUUGUAGUGACCAACACUUGGCCGUUAAAGAUAACAGUAUCUAUUCAUAAACCUAGGUAACUUUUGCAGUAACUUAGGAUGAGUCAGCAUUUCAAAUAAAUGAGAACAAAUGCUGAACUGAACAGUGUCCCCUCUGUCAGAAACUUGUUGGUUUUAGCUGUUGCAAUGCAAAAAGAGUGUUGAGUAUUAAACCAGUUCAUUCUUAACUUAGCAUUACCUAACUUAAUCAAAUAAUGCACACCAACAUUGUGUUUGAUUGACUUGCCCUCAUAACCUCACAGCAAUCUUUAACAUGCCCUACACUAGUAAAUUUGUGCUUUGUGUGCAAACAACUCUUAAUGUAUGAUUUAGGAAGUGUGAGGACAGCAGUAACAUUAAACAACACAAAAGUGAAGGAGAAUCAAUGAAUAGGGUGCCUAGGAAUACUGUAGGAUCUAGGUAUAACAAAGAACUCAAUUGGAAAAAUGUGUCAGCUGUUGACUUUAAUGAUUUCUUCAAAAUCACAGUGGGGAAAUAAAGUACCAAAUUUAUUAAUCAAACAAUGAAAUGUAUUGAUGUAGUUCUUGAUUGUCACAGUCCUUUAACAUGGCACACAAAUAGUCCAGAAAUAUAAUUAUAUAUAAUGUAUUCGAAUAUGUAUAUGAACAUGUUUUACAUUUUAGUUACAUUGAAAAAUGUUUGUUGACUUUUAAUGAACAGAGAGGAACAAUUUGUCUUCCCUUUUGAUGUUUGCUAAUUCUGUAACUGUAAACUGACAAAUAUACUGAAGCUAUAUUCCUUCACCUGA